UUUUGGCCCUUUGGCAUCGAGCAGGAGAUCAACUCAUGGGAUGUAGUGGAUGCAGAGGCAGGUUCAACACUGGCAAGGUCUCGGUGUUUUUUACCAUGGUCCUGAUCUUCACCUACUUCUUCUACUGCCUCACCGGGUUUUGCGAUUCGGCUCCGAGAAAUUUAUACAGCCAACAAGCUUUAGACUAUGACAUUUUGGACGAUCAUCGCCGCGUUCUGCACGACCUGCGACCAUCGCCGCGUCUUCUUCCCGAUGCGCCCCCUCACCGGAACCGCACAGCGUCCGCGGACGCAGAACAGGUGGACACUCCGGGACAGCUGCCUCAACAACACGUGUCGGACAGUGCAAAGGAGAGCGCCCAGAGCAACAGCAUCCCCGUGUCCAACACUUUCGGGACAAAACGGUUUCCGCAGGCGAUAAUAAUCGGCGUGAAGAAAGGAGGAACCCGCGCCCUGCUGGAGUUUCUCCGCAUCCACCCGGACGUGAGAGCGGUCGGCGCGGAGCCUCACUUCUUCGACAGGUUUUACGAUAAAGGACUGGAGUGGUACAGGAACCUGAUGCCUCGGACGCUGGACGGCCAGAUCACUAUGGAGAAAACCCCCAGCUACUUUGUCACAAAGGAGGCUCCUAGCCGUGUCUGCACUAUGAACUGCCAAACCAAGCUCAUUGUGGUGGUCAGGGAUCCUGUGACACGGGCUGUAUCUGACUACACCCAGACACUAUCCAAGAACCCAAGCCUUCCAUCUUUCCAAAGCCUGGCUUUGAAAAACUCCACCACAGGUCUGAUUGACACCACGUGGAGCGCUGUUCGCAUCGGCCUCUACGCCAAACAUCUGGAGAACUGGCUUCAGCACUUCCCCUUGUCUCAUUUUCUGUUUGUUAGCGGUGAGCGACUGGUGUCUGAUCCGGCUGGGGAGAUGGGCCGGGUUCAGGACUUCCUGGGUCUGAAAAGGGUUGUUUCAGACAAACACUUCUACUUCAACCAGACCAAAGGUUUUCCCUGCUUGAAGAAGCCAGAGGGAAGUAGCAGACCUCGCUGCCUUGGAAAGUCUAAGGGCAGACCCCAUCCCCAGAUCCCUUCCGAGGUCUUGCAGAGACUCAGAGACUUCUACAGGCCCUUCAACCACCUUUUCUACCAGAUGAGUGGACAAGACUUAGGCUGGGACUAACAGGAGAGUCCUGUCAAAGCCCAGAUAAAAGCCACUCUUACUUUCUGGAGGGACUGACACAGGGCUAACGUUCUCAGGGACGGGGUAGAGGAUUACACAGUCCACAAACUGAAUUCUGCCUCAGUGGUAUCAACAUGACAUGCAGCACAUGAACUGUUUUGUUGGAGAGUGGAAGCCGACAUGGAGACAGUGCUGCCAAUAUACCCUCAUAGUUAAUGGCUUAGUUAUUAAACCAUUAAUGUCAUGAAGUUAGAAGCAAACUAUGUACCAAAGGGUAAGCAAAAACAUUGCUUUUGAACAUCAUUUUUCACUUGCUUUACGUUUUGUUUAUAAAAUAAGCUGAUAUUUAUAGUUUCUGUUGAUUUGAAUUUCAACAGUUUCUUUUAUGAAAAAGUAUUUAUUACACAACAAGGCAAAAAAUAAAACUGACUACACUUUUAUUGACAGGACAUUGGAAAAAAUGUCAUACGCCAUGAUAAACCACUAUUUCUUUUUAAUUAUUAGCAGUGUUACUUUGACUGCAUUUAUAUUUUAAUUACAUGUACUAUUUCCAAAUGCUAUAUAUCUUAAUUUGAUGUUGCAGGAUAUUUCUCAGUACAUUGCAGUUGAUAUACCAAUGAUACCUCAUCUGUAAAUAUUAAACAACCAUCAGAAACUACACAUACACACAUUCCAUCUGUAGAUAUUUAGCUACAUCACUAUUUUAAUAGCAUUGGACAGUUCCAACUGUAUCCGCUGUUACUCACUUAAAAUAAAUUACUGUUUUGAUCUGU